UCUAAUUUUUUCAUUUUUUUUGGGUUGGGUGGGGUGUGGUUUUGGCACGAGGAUGUGGAUAAUAAAUUUAGCAUAAGUUUAUCAAACUGUUGCUUUGUAUCAUUUCAAAAAUUCAUGUUCAGAAUUUGAAAAAAAAGAAUUGUCAAAGUGGUCUAUGUUCAAUUAUAAUCUAACUGAACUCCAGCACAUGAUUGGAUUUUCACAUACUGGGCACCUGGUGCAUCUAGUGGAGUUUAUAACAUCAUUUUCAGUUUUACACCUGAGUUUAAUUUGUCAAUUUAACCUGUAUUGCAGUCAUCCACCACUACCAAAUUAAAAAAUAGUAAUAAAAUAAAAUAUAAAAAGGAAAAGGAAAGGAAAAUAAAAGGAUUCAAAUUGAUAUUAUGCAUUCUAAUGCUCUGGAUGUUGUGUCAUGAUCCUAGUUGUUUUGAGUUGUAUAAUUGGUUUGAUAAUCACUUCUAUGUGCAGCUUUGGAACUCUAUGGGUCAUAGAUAUGGCAUCAGGGCUUAUGAAAGAAGUUGUAAAAGAAUCUUCAAAGAUUUUAGGGAUAUGUGAGGAGAUGAUUCUAGAGAAAUCCAUUCCAUUGAAGAAGAUCCCUACGAAUUGGUUGCAACAGCAACUGGAUGCUAAUUGUCCAUUUGAGAAAAUUCCAUAUGCUGGUCUCAUGUCUUCGGUGGCAACCUAUCAGGAUCAUAUAGUAGUUUGCAAUCCAGAUGGUCUCUAAGUUCAGUAGUAAAUCUGGAUUGAUUUCAAGCUUCCAAUUCUCGAAUUUUGGAGUCCUUGGGCUUCCUUAUUGGCUCUCUUUCCCUCUG